AGGAGUGGUUAGGAUGUCCCAAGAAGAAGAUGGGAGAAACAAGGAGGCUUUUGAAUACCAUGACGUUACAAUAAACACCGUGGAGAAGGCUUCGGACCUGUACACCCAGCUGGAGAAACUUGGGGCUGGGAAGUUCGGGAUGGUUUACAAGCUGCAGGAGAAGGCCACUGGGAAGAUCCGGGCGGGGAAAUACUUCCGGACGCGGACACCCCAGGCGCGGGAGGCAGCCUGCAGGGAGGUGGAACUGAUGAACCUGCUGCAUCACCCCAGGCUGGUGCAAUGCCUUGCGGCCUUCCAGAGCCAGGCGGAGCUGGUGAUGGUGAUGGAAUACGUGGCGGGCGGGGAGCUCUUUGAAAGGAUUGUGGAUGACGACUUCGAGCACACGGAGCCCACCAGCAUUCAGUACAUGAGGCAGAUCCUGGAGGGGAUCCAGUACGUCCAUCGCCAGAGCAUCGUCCACCUGGACCUCAAACCCGAGAACAUCGUCUGCGUCAGCAUGAGCAGCCACUGGAUCAAAAUCAUCGACUUCGGUCUGGCACGGAGACUGGAUCCGAACAGCCCCGUGAAGGUGAUGCAUGGCACCGCAGAGUUCAUGGCCCCGGAAGUGAUUGCCUUUGAGCCGGUGGGAUUCACCACGGACAUGUGGAGCAUCGGCGUGAUCUGCUACAUCCUGCUGAGUGGGGACUCUCCCUUCCAGGGAAACAGUGACAUGGAGACGCUGCACAACGUCACAGCUGCCCAGUGGGAGUUUGACGAGGAGACCUUCUCAGAGAUCUCUCAGGAGGCCAAGGACUUCAUCAGCCAGCUACUGCAGAAAGACAGCCGCCGCCGGCUGCCCAGCGACCAGGCCCUGGUGCACCCCUGGCUACGGAAGACUGAGCAGAGCGACAAGAAGAUUCUGUCCAAGGAGAGGAUGAGGCGAUUCCUGGCCCACCAGAAAUGGCAGAAAACAGGCAACGCCGUGGUGGCCCUGCGGAGAAUGUCCCGGCUGGCCCACAAGCUGGAUGACCCCGUGACCAUCCCCAGUGCCCAAGAGAAGGGAGAGCUGGGCCACAGCCAGGAAGAGGAUCAGAUCUUUACCUUCCUGCCUCAGCAGAUCAAGCAGGGUCCCAGCAUGGAGCCACUGAAGGACCAAGUGGCAGUGGAAGGCAGCAGUACCUGCCUCCAGUGGCACGUUGAAGGUUUUCCCCACCCGGAGGUGACGUGGCUCUGGAACAAUGCCCCUGUCCAGGAAUGUCUUCAGCUUCCCAUCGACUGCGAGGAGAAUGGAAGCUGCUCCCUUGCCAUUGCGAGGCUCUCGGUGGAGGACACAGGGCACUGCGUGUGCAGUGUGGGAGGGGAGGCAGAAUGCAGUGCCAGGCUGAUGGUACAGAGAGGUAGCAACAUGCAGAUGCCAAACACAGAAGAGGGCCCUGGAACUGACCAGCAGUGAGAGCAACAGGCCAUGGGCUUUCUGCCCGGCAUUGGCGGCAUGGCCUACAGGGGGCUUUUUGCUUCCAGUCCAGCUGUUUCCCUCAUCCGUCGUUACGUUUAACUCCAUCGCUGGGCUCCGGGAGAGAACCCUGCUGCUUUCCACUGGGCCAGGACAUGGCAGGCAGCCACAGCUUGGACAAGAUGGGCCCAAUCCGCAGUCCCCAAACAUGCAAAUCCCCAGUCAAUCCAUUUCACUGUGCAGGGAGUCUGGCCUGGGACGAUCGAGCCCAAAGUGCCUGGACCAGCCUCUCUGCUUCCACCUCCCCUCUGCCAGGCUGGGCACUC